AUGGCCAUUCUCAAGAACCUCGUUCUUCUCGGCAUCGCCGCAUCCCCGUCCAUGGCCCUGCCUGUGCCAUACGCGGGUGGCCCAGAUGCAGCCUCCAACGUCAUGGCAAGCCGGGACGUGGACAUGGAUCGAAUUGCAGAGUUGGCCAUUGCCGCCGGCGUCCCAGUCCCUGUGGCGCCUUUCCCACGGAAACGAGACACUCAGAGCGAGAACCGACCUCUGACUGAGGCCGAGCUCCAGUGGUUGGUCAAUGGGCCCCCAGUCUAUACACCCGAGAGUGAGAAGCGAGAGGCUGUGCCUCCGCCAGACUUGGAUGAGGAUGUGUUUACCAUUCUUCCUUAUCCUCUCCCGAAGCCAGUCACGCAAGAUAGCAAGCGACAGGCCGCGGAUCCCCAGGAGGACAACGUUUUCACCAUCCUGCCGUAUCCGCUGCCCGAGGACGUUGCUGAGAAUAUGAAGCGCCAAGAGGAGGAUAUCUUUACCAUUCUCCCAUACCCGCUGCCCGAUGGCAUUGCCUACAAGCGCAAGCGCCAAGAGCUAGGAGGGGAUGUUUUUACGAUUUUGCCAUACCCGCUGCCCGAUGGCGUUGCUGAAAACAGCAAGCGCCAGGAAGAGAAUGUCUUCACAAUCCUUCCGUACCCCCUUCCUGAGAGUGUGGACGCCAACAAAGAGGAGUAG